CUUCCCUCAUUAUCCGGCUCUUCCGGUUUCACUGCUCAUACACCCAGCGGCUCGGUCAGCCCGAAACUCCUCAAACAGUCCCUGAACACCCACACUUCACCCCGUACCGGACUUUCGGGGGACUUUUGGAGCAGUUUGGAGCCAUGCUGUGAGUGGAAAUAGCGAGCAGCGGGUGUGAGGAGCAGCAGACCGGAGCACCUGAACGACACCUGCGGCUCUCGGUGUUCCUGAAGCGGACUGUGUUUGUGUUCUGGUCGCUUCUCGCUCGGUUUCGCUUCAGGACUUCCAGCAGGACUGAAUUCAUGUGGAUUUAGGUGAUUCUGACACUUCUCAGGUGGAGGAUGAAGGUGACGGUGAGUUUUGGACGGACUGGGGUGGUGGUACCGUGCAAACGAGGCUGGAUGGUUCGGGAUCUGAUCCACCAAGCCACUCAACGCUACAGAAAACUAUUAGAGCAGGAUGGGGAGUUUCUGGUGCGAACGCACCACGUGGAGUACGCCGACGGAGGCAUACUGGACCCCGACGACAUGCUCACCGACCUGCUCGAGGAUAAAGACAAGCUCAUCGCCGUGUACGAGGAGACGGAGCUCCAGCGCAGGGGGGCGGUGAGUCCCGGCGAGAGCUCGGCGUCCGGUUACUCCAGUCCGUACGCCUCCGAACCGGAGCUGGGAACGUCACGGCCGGGCGCCGGCACCGAGAUCGAGGUCACGUCCAGCGCCCUCAAAUCAAACACCCCUCUGAUGGUCAGGUGCAGCAGUGAACUGGUUCUCCCGCGCUCGCCGGACUUCUUCACCCGCGAGGCCGAGAGCUACAACAGCAGGCCCACCACAACGGGAGUGAGUGAUGCACUAACAGUGAGGGGUGGAACCAUGGACACACCGAGACAGGACCAUCAAAGCACCAGAGUCGUCCAUAGCAACAACAGUAAACUGACCAGGACUGUGGAGAUCUUUGGAGAAAUGGGACCUCUGGGGAUCAAAGUGGUUCCCUACUGUUCAUCACUGAGUGGACGGACGCUCGGACUUCACGUUAAAGGAAUCGAGGAGAACAGCCGUACGAAGAAGGAAGGGAUCUUCCAGGAGGACGAGUGCAUCGUACAGAUCAACAACACGCAGCUAAUAGACAAGAGCUUCUCAGAGUCUCAGGAGGUGUUUCGUCAGGCCAUGUCCUCCUCCGUGGUGCAGCUGGAGGUGCUUCCCGCCUCCAACAAGCUCCGCUACGAGAAGAGCCUGAUUGGUCAGAUUUUCAACGGCCCUGACUCCGCCCACACGGCCGCUCCCAAACCCAAGAGCCCGCUCCCGCUCCGGGCCGCGCCCUCGUCCCCCACUGGUCCCAAGGAGGUGCCGGCGCCCAUCAGACGCGGUGGCCCACCAGACGCAGGCGCAGGAACGCAGGCGGAGUGGCGCAGGGAGACUCCGCCCCUCACGGUCAGGGCCUCGCCCACGCCGAAGAGUCGCAGCGAAAGCCCCGCCUCCGCCGUCACGGCCAAUAGGAAAGGAGACAGGAAGCAGAUCGACCUGACCAAAGGUCCGGACGGUCUGGGCUUCACCGUGGUCACCAGGGACUCGUCCGUGCACGGUCCGGGACCCAUCCUGGUGAAGAGCAUCCUGUCCCGGGGGGCGGCGGUCAGGGACGGACGCCUGCAGUCCGGGGACCGAAUCCUGGAGGUGAACGGUGUGGACAUCAGCGGCUACAGGCAGGAGGAGCUGGUGAGCAUGCUGAGGAGCACCAGGCAGGGGGAGACGGUGUCGCUGAUGGUGUCCAGACAGGAGGAGCUCUUCCUGCCCAGAGAACUGAAAGGAGAGCCGCUCGGUCCUCUUCCGUCCGAGGAUGGCCGGGAGCAGCUGACCUACGAGAUCCCCCUGAGCGACUCGGGCUCGGCCGGCCUGGGUCUCAGCCUGAAGGGCAACAAGUCCCGGGAGACGGGCGAGGACCUGGGCAUCUUCGUCAAGUCCAUCAUCCACGGAGGCGCCGCGUCCAAGGACGGGCGCUUGAGGGUAAACGACCAGCUCAUGGCGGUCAACGGCGAGUCCCUCAUCGGCCGCUCCAACCACGACGCCAUGGAGACCCUGAGACGCUCCAUGUCCACGGAGGGGAACCUUCGAGGGACCAUCCAGCUGGUGAUCCGCCGAGCUCUGGACUCCGCCCAGGACGACGGUCAGAGUCCAAGUCCAUCUAGAGAAGGUUCUCCAUCCUACUACACCCAAAACAGCUCGAACGGCAUCUCGCACCCACCCAUGGUGAUGAACAGCAUCUACGAGUGCACUCCAGCCUCCGGUGGCAGGUUUAGGAUGUAUGAGGACGACUACAGUGAUGAUUUUUCUUCAUAUCCUUCAGAUCUGGACACGAUAGAGUCCGACUACAAUCCUCAACAGAGAUUCCAACCAAACAGAGUGGAUCCGGCCUCCACCGCCGGGCGUCCGGCGUAUAACCAGCACCCACACGGAGCGCCGGAGGCUUACCGAUCAAAGGCGUCCAAGAGCAUGGACCAGGUGCCGGACGAAAACAAUGUUGGCGCCGUGCAGUCAUGGAGACCUGCGCCCUCCUCCUCCUCCUCCUCCUCGUGGUCUCUGGGUCCUACGCUGGGCCUGCAGAAGUCCAGUUCCCUGGAGAGUCUGCAGACGGCCAUGGAGGAGGCCAGCAGGGGCGACGUUCCCUUCCGCCGGCCGGCCGGGACCAUGGUCCGGGGUCGCGGGUGCAACAUGAGCUUCCGGCAGGCCAUCGACAAGUCCUACGACGGACCGUCCGAGCCCGAGGAUGAUUUCUCGGACUACAGCUCGGGCCGAGACACCCCGGCCAGCGGCUCCUCGCGCCAGGAACUGGACGACGGGACCAAGGAGAAGAGCAAGAAAACCAAGAAGGAGAAGAAGCGCAAGACCAAGAAGAAGGACGACGGCGAAGAUCCGGAGAAGAAGAGCAAGAAGAAGGGCUUCAGUCUCCUGAGAUUCGGAAAGAAGAACAAAGAAGCCAAAGCCAAGCUGGGCUCCCUGAGCGAGGAGGAACUCGAGAGGAACGAGGCUGAACUUUCACGCAGGACGGACCUGGGCCGGUCGACUCCGAACCUGGCGCUCCUGCCCGACAUAGACGACGACGAUUACGACCCCAACUACGCCCGCAUCAACCACUUCAGAGAUCCACCGCCCGCAGCCGCCAACCCAUACCCCACCCGCAUGCCGGGCGCCAACCUGAACAUCUCGACACCCGGUGAGGACCCGCGGGAGGGGCUGUACGCCAAGGUCACCAAGAUAAAACCCGCCUCGCCAACGACAACUGAGAGUAAUGAAGCUCGUCUGCAGCAGAUCCGGAAUCAGCUGCACCAUGUGAAACCUGCUCCGUCAUACCCUGAAUCAGGAGCCGCCAUCAGACUCCAGGAAUACGAUCCGUCACGGAUACGAGGUCCGGACCCCCGCGUGGCACCGAGAUACGAGGAACCUGAGAGAUACUACACCCCUCCACCCAGACGACCAGACGGGCAGCACGAAGCGGGCGGUUACCUGAACCCCGGCCGACCCUACAGCGCCGGCUCGAACCGCCACCCCGUACCUCACGGCGGACCCUACAGGAGCGACGCGCCGCCUCCCGCCCCGGGCCAGCGGGAGGCGCCGAGCUACGAGAGUGCCAUUAGAAAUAAAAUCAGCUACGUUUCGUGAAGCUAGCGUCGUACACAAUAUCGCUGGACGAUUUCGUAGCUGCUUUAUUAUUGUUUUUAUUGUGAUUCAUUUUGCCAUAUUUAACGUCAGACGGGUAUUACAGAUGCACCACCUGACCAAAAGUAUAUGGACACCUCCUUCAGACACAUCCACGUUGUGGAAGCCCUGUUCCUGUUCCAGCCUAGAACAGAAGAGGUCUACACACAGACGGUCUAACAAGCUCAUGACGAGGUGUCCACAUACUUUUGGCCCUACGGCGUCUUUCCUUUCUGUCGUAUUACAUGUUUCUGCUACUCUUCAUGUUCUGUGACUGAAUCAUUGAAACGUGGUAUAACAUACACAUAUAGUGACCACACCUAACACACUGGGUCCAAAAGUAUGUGGACGCCCCUUCUAAUGAUUCAUUUCAGGUGUUUAGUUUGCUGCCAAAUCCUGAUCUACUGCUGGUUGUGUUCAAAACCAGUAAAUACUAAUUAAAGCUGUUAAGUCUGUUAACACAAGACCGGUGCUGGUUGGUGAUUGAUGAGAAAAACAACAAGCGAUGCUGGUCAACUGCUGCCUUACUGUUCCAUAAGAACCCAGUCGUGUUCUGAUCACGUUCUUACUGUUCCAUAAGAACCCAGUCGUGUCCUGAUCAAGUUCUUACUGUUCCAUAAGAACCCAGUCGUGUUCUGAUCACGUUCUUACUGUUCCUAUAAGAACCCAGUCGUGUUCUGAUCACGUUCUUACUGUUCCUAUAAGAACCCAGUCGUGUUCUGAUCACGUUCUUACUGUUCCAUAAGAACCCAGUCGUGUUCUGAUCACGUUCUUACUGUUCCUAUAAGAACCCAGUCGUGUUCUGAUCACGUUCUUACUGUUCCAUAAGAACUCAGGUUGGUAAAAAAUGGAAUAAAAUAAAUAAAAUGACAUUGUUA